AUGUUGGUUGCAGUGAGAACAGCUGCUUGCAAAAGUAUCGAAAAACUGUCCAAACACAUUCUAAGGAUGAAAAAUAAUAACUGGAACCCCUCAUUUGUCUACUGUGACUUGAAACCUGGAAAUGUACUUCUAGAUAGUAAUAUGGUUGCUGAUGUUGCUGAUUUCUUUGAUUGGCAUUUGGCAAUGUAUUUGCCCGAAAUCCAUCAGAAAACGAGAGUAGUACAGUUGGAUCAAGGGGCUCCAUCGGUUACAUUGCUCCAGAGAUAUUCAUUGCGAAGAAACCCACAGGACAAAAUGUUCGAGGAAGGUUUGAGCCUAAAUAAAUUCGCAUCAGCAGUGAAAGAAGCACUAGUUACUCUAGCCAUAGUAAUAGCAUCAGCAGCAGCAGCAACAAUGGUUGCCUGUACAGUUGUGGAGUGUUUAGCUUCAACGAUAAAAGUGGGUCUUUCGCGUGCCUCUCAUUCAGCGAAAGAGCGUUUAACCAUGAGAGUUGCAUUGAAUAAGUUGCAGGAGAGAAAAAGGUCUACAAUGGAGUUUGACAGAAAAGAAUAUGAAAAAUGCCUAAUCUAUGAAUUAUCUCUCGUAUGUUCUGAAAGCUGUAAUAAUUACAUUCAAGGAAAAUGA